AUGUAUACCAUUGAGUUUCAAAAGAGGGGACUUCCACAUGCCCAUAUACUUAUUUGGUUAGCGCCUGGUUCAAAGCUAACAACACCAGAGAAAAUUGAUUCAGUUAUAUGUGCAGAGUUACCUGAUCCAGUUGCUAGCCCGAAACUAUUUGAAGUUGUUUCUAUGUUCAUGGUCCAUGGUCCAUGUGGAAGUAGUAGAAAAAAUUCUCCGUGCAUGGUAAAUGGUCGGUGUUCCAAAUUUUUUCCUAAGAAAUAUGUGGAUAAGACCUCAUUUGACAUUGAUGGUUAUCCGACAUAUCGAAGGAGGAACACUGGUGUUUUUGUUGAAAGACGUGAUGUUCAAUUAGAUAAUGGGUAUGUUGUUCCUUAUAAUGCAAAAUUGUUGAUGAAGUACCAAGCCCACAUUAACAUUGAAUAUUGUAACAAAUCGAAUUGCAUCAAAUACUUAUUUAAGUAUAUCAACAAAGGAGUUGAUCGGGUUACAGUUUCAAUGAAAAAUGAAUGUAAUGAAGGACAAAAUGUGCCGGAGGUUGAUGAGAUCCAACAAUAUUAUGAUUGUCGUUAUUUGUCUGCUUGUGAAGCUGCUUGGAGAUCAUUUUCAUUUCGUAUUCAUGAUCAUUGGCCUCCCGUUCAGCGAUUACCUUUUCAUAUGCCCAACAAACAAGUUGUAUUAUAUGGUAAUGAAGAACCAAUUGAUAGGGUCGUUCAAAGAGGUCAGAUGUCUGAAACAAUGUUUACUGGGUGGAUGGUUGCUAAUAUGAUAUAUGAACAUGGUAGGCAUUUGACAUAUGCUGAGUAUCCGCAGUUAUUUGUUUGGCAUCCUAAAGAUAAAGAGUGGCGACCACGCAAAAGAGGGUUUUCCAUUGGAAGAAUGAAUUUUAUACCUUUGGGGUGUGGGGAGGUAUAUUAUUUGCGUUUAUUGUUAAAUCUACAAUGUGGAUGCACAAGUUAUGCCGAUUUGAGAACUGUUGAUGGUGUUGUUCGAGUGAGCUUUCAGGAAGCAUGUUCUGCCUUGGGAUUAUUAGAGGAUGAUAAAGAAUUUAUUGAUGGAUUAAUUGAUUGUGCUGAAUUGUCAGGUGGUAUGUCUGUUAGAAAGUUGUUUAUGGUGUUGCUAUUAUCUAAUUCAAUUGUCACACCAGGAAAAGUUUUUGAGGAAACUUGGAGGUUGUUAGCCGAUGGAAUUCUUUAUAAGCGAAGGAAAUUACUUUGCAAUCCAUCUUUGCGUUUGGAUGAUCAGACUUUGAAGACGCUUUGUUUGGUUGAGCUUGAAAAAAUGUUUGUUAAUAAUGGGAAAACACUAAAGGAUUUUCCUGGCAUUCCGUAUCUUAUUUCAGAUGAAGUCCCUCAGUUUGAGAAUGUCAUGUUGUUUAACGAGUUAAGAUUUGACAUUGAUGAUAUGUCAGUUAAACAUAAUGACCAUUUGAUGAAGUUGAAUAAUGGUCAAAGGAAAGUGUAUGAUGAGGUUAUUGAUGCAGUUAAUAAAUCAGAUGGAGGAUUUUAUUUUGUCUAUGGUUCAGGUGGUACAGGAAAAACUUUUCUUUGGAAAACUCUAAGUUAUAGAUUAAGAUCUGAGCGGAAGAUUGUGUUGAAUGUUGCAUCCAGUGGUAUAGCAUCUCUUUUGUUACCUGGUGGGAGGACUGCACAUUCGUUAUUUAGUAUCCCACUUGUGUUAAAUGAGGAUUCAUGUUGUAAUAUUAGGCUGGGUAGUAACAAGGCAGAGUUGCUUAAACAUACAAGUUUAAUUAUAUGGGAUGAGGCACCUAUGGUUAAUAGGUGGGCAUUUGAGGCUGUUGAUAGAACCUUGCGUGAUAUAAUGGAAGUUGGGGAUGUUUAUGGUGGGGGAAAGCCCUUUGGUGGAAAAGUUGUGGUUUUAGGGGGAGAUUUUAGACAAACUCUUCCUAUUAUCCCGAAAGCAAGUAGGGAAGAAAUUGUAAUGGCUACUAUUAACUCAUCAAGACUAUGGAAAUUUUGCAAAGUCUUAAAACUUACUGAGAAUAUGCGUUUGCAUGGGAAUGAUUCUUUACAUGAUCGUGAAAAAUUGGUUGAAUUUAGCAAGUGGAUACUUGAUAUUGGUGAUGGUAAUUUGGGUGAUUACAAUGAUGGUGAAUGUGAUUUAGAUAUUCCACAUGACUUGAUGGUUCCCUUUAAAGAUGAUGCUGUGUCAAGUAUAGUUUAUUCCACCUACCCUGAUAUUCAAAGGAAAUUUUUUGAUGAGGAAUAUUUUAUUGAUAUAGCUAUUCUUGCUCCCACUUUGGAUAUUGUUGAUAGUGUGAACCAGUUUGUGCUUUCAAUAGUACCUGGCAAAGAAAAAGUGUAUUUAAGUUCAGACAGUGUAGUCAAAGUUGAUGAAGAUGUAGCCAUUGAUGCAAAUUGGAUAACCAUUGAGUUUUUGAACGGCAAUAAGGGAUCUGGACUUCCUGAUCAUAGGUUGUGUUUGAAAAUUGGAACGCCCAUUAUGUUAAUGAGAAAUAUUGAUGUUUCAGCUGGGUUAUGCAAUGGAACUCGGCUUAUUGUGUUGGAUCUUAGACCAAAUUUGAUUUAUGGGAAAGUGCUAAAUAGAAAUAAAGCUGGCACAAAAACAUACAUCCCACGCAUGACUAUUGUUCCUUCUGAUAGUGGUCUACAUGUUAAAGUUCAACGUAGGCAAUUUCCGGUGUGUGUUUGUUUUGCAAUGACAAUUAAUAAGAGUCAAGGGCAGACGUUGUCUCGAGUGGGGUUUUUUUUACCGAGACCUGUUUUUUCCCAUGGUCAACUAUAUGUUGCGUUGUCGCGUGUGAAAUCAAGGGAUGGAUUGAAAAAUUAUGUUGACCAGACAGAGGUUCCGCCUUUGGAGCACACAAAAAAUGUUGUUUACAAAGAAGUAUUCAAAAAUUUAAGCUGA